GCGGUCUAACGUUCACAGUCAAAACGAACCUAUUCAAAGCGAUCUUUUCAAACGCGCGAUAUUCAAAUUCAGUGAGUGACUCUCAAGUGUUGAAUAGUUACACGCGAAGUUGUACGCGACUUAUUCUGUGAUUACCGUGCUAUAGUCGCAAAUUACAUCAGUGACUUUACUUAGUGCAAAGUGUCAAGUGAAAAAGUGAGCAAAAUGCCCGGAAAAACACCAGCGAUUGGAAUUGACUUGGGAACCACUUACUCGUGUGUCGGAGUGUGGCAGCAGGGUAAAGUGGAGAUAAUCGCCAACGACCAAGGCAAUCGAACGACACCCAGCUAUGUUGCGUUUACAGACACUGAGCGGCUGAUUGGAGACGCGGCCAAAAACCAGGUUGCGAUGAACCCCAGAAACACCGUUUUCGACGCCAAACGCCUUAUCGGACGGAAAUUCGACGACCCCAAGAUUCAAGCGGACAUGAAGCACUGGCCGUUUACCAUUGUCAGUGAUUGUGGCAAGCCAAAAAUCCAGGUCGAGUUCAAAGGAGAAGCCAAAAAAUUUGCACCGGAGGAGAUUAGUUCGAUGGUGCUGACUAAGAUGAAAGAAACUGCUGAGGCGUUCUUGGGUGGCACGGUUCGGGACGCAGUCAUCACAGUUCCGGCAUACUUCAAUGAUUCUCAGCGACAAGCCACAAAAGACGCUGGGGCCAUCGCAGGACUCAAUGUUCUCCGCAUCAUCAAUGAGCCCACUGCCGCAGCCCUGGCAUACGGCUUGGACAAGAAUCUCAAGGGCGAACGAAACGUUCUCAUUUUCGACCUUGGUGGGGGUACAUUUGACGUUUCCAUCCUCACCAUUGAUGAGGGUUCACUAUUUGAAGUGCGGGCAACUGCAGGCGACACACAUCUUGGUGGUGAAGACUUCGACAACCGCCUAGUCAACCAUUUCGUUGAGGAGUUCAAACGCAAGUACCGUAAGGACCUCCGCACCAACCCUCGUGCUCUCCGAAGACUUCGCACGGCAGCGGAGCGAGCCAAAAGGACGCUGUCUUCCAGCACCGAAGCCAGCAUUGAAAUCGACGCUCUGUUGGAUGGCAUCGACUACUACACCAAAGUCACAAGAGCUCGGUUCGAAGAACUCUGUGCAGACUUAUUCCGCUCAACUCUGCACCCUGUAGAGAAGGCUCUUAAUGAUGCCAAUAUGGACAAGGGCACUAUCCAUGAUGUCGUUUUGGUUGGAGGCUCUACCCGAAUUCCCAAAAUUCAGUCUCUACUUCAGAACUUCUUCGGCGGUAAAACUCUAAACCUUUCAAUCAACCCUGAUGAAGCCGUAGCUUAUGGAGCAGCAGUUCAAGCAGCAAUUCUCAGUGGGGAUACCAGCUCAGCAAUCCAGGAUGUUCUUCUCGUUGAUGUAGCACCCCUCUCACUCGGCAUCGAAACAGCCGGUGGUGUCAUGACAAAAAUCGUAGAACGAAACGCCAGAAUUCCAUGCAAACAGUCUCAAACUUUCACAACCUACUCGGACAAUCAGCCAGCCGUGACAAUUCAGGUCUAUGAAGGAGAGCGUGCCAUGACUAAAGACAACAAUCUGCUCGGUCGCUUCGACCUGACAGGAAUUCCACCAGCACCUCGUGGUGUACCCAAAAUUGAUGUGACAUUCGAUCUCGACGCAAAUGGGAUCUUAAACGUCUCUGCCAAAGAAAACAGUACAGGCAGAGAACGGAACAUAGUGAUCAAAAAUGACAAAGGCAGACUGUCACGGGAAGAAAUUGACCGGAUGGUGAACGAGGCUGAGCGGUACAAGGAAGAGGAUGAUAAGCAGCGUGCUAAAGUGGCUGCACGCAACCAACUUGAAAGCUACAUCUUCAACGUCAAACAAGCAGCUGAAGAAGCGGGUGAUAAGCUCAGCGCAGAAGACAAACAAUCAGUUCAGGAGGAGUGCCAAGCAGCUCUCCAAUGGCUAGACAACAACACGUUGGCGGAUGUGGAGGAAUUCAAUUACAAGUUGCAAGAACUUCAGAAGAAGUGCUCUCCCAUCAUGAGCAAGAUGCACCACAGCGGUCAGAACGGUCAAGGAAUGCCAGGACAAGGUGGUAUGCCAGGCUAUGCGGGCCACCAACGAAGUACGAGUGGAGGACCCACGAUAGAGGAGGUAGACUAAAUAAUUUAAAGAUUUUUAAAUCUGAUUAUGACACCUCAAUCAAAAUCUAAAACAUUCCUCUAUGUUAGUGUUUAAUAUUUGAAUUGAUUUAUAAUUACUUCGAUUGAUUUAGAGCUCAUUUUUCAAGAAGGUGCCAUAGUUCAUACAUUGUUCCUAACAAAAUUCCUUCGCACAGAUAUUGAACUAAAUUUAUGUACUUAGUUUAUGAUUUUAUAUAUUCUUCUAAUAAGAAUGUAAUAAGAAUGUAAUACUUAAAAGUAACAAAACACUUGGAAAAAUGUGAUAUUGUGCUUGUUUUUGUAAAUAUGUAAAUAACCGAUUCGUUGAUGAUUUUUGUUCCUGUAAAGUUAUUUAUUUGUAAAUAAACUUUCUACUGUCAAUUUUCCACCUUAA